CACACACACACACACACACACACAUAAACACACACAAACACACGCACACACUUGUAUUUUGUGCUGUCGUAAAACCCACGUGUCCAGGCAAGAGGCUGCCAGAGUGGAGCCGAGGAGCCGGGACGCGACAGCGGCCAAGCGCAGCAGCCCACGGCGGCUACGUCCGGCUCGGGUCCGCUUGCCCUUCGGCGCCCUCAGCGGGCCUACAAGUUCCUCAUUCGCAUCCCGGGAGGGUUCCGGGCGGCUGGAUCUCUAAGGCUCUCCACCCACACUGCCAGGGGCAUGUAGCGCACUCGGGACGCACACCAUCCAGUCCGCUCGCCGAGACCCGCACGCGCACGUACCCGCCGCGGAUCUGAGUUUUCAGCUCCAGGCGUCGGACAUGCUGAAGCCGGGAGAUCCCGGCGGCUCGGCCUUCCUCAAAGUGGACCCAGCCUACCUGCAGCACUGGCAGCAACUCUUCCCUCACGGAGGCGGCGGCGGCCCGCUCAAAGGCAGCGGUGCCGCUGGUCCCCUGGGCGCGCCUCAGCCCCUGCAGCCGCCUCCGCCGCCGCCGCCGCCACCGCCGCCGCCAGAGCGCCCCGAGCCUCCUCCGGACAGCCUGCGUCCGCGGCCAGCUUCGCUUUCCUCGGCUUCGUCCACCCCGGCUUCUUCAUCCACCUCAGCCUCUUCUGCCUCCUCCUGCGCUGCUGCCGCUGCAGCCGCCGCCGCCGCCGCGCUGGCGGGUCUCUCGGCUCUGCCCGUGGCGCAGCUGCCAGUGUUCGCGCCUCUAGCCGCUGCCGCUGUGGCCGCGGAGUCACUACCCCCAAAAGACUUGUGCCUUGGCACUGUCUCGGGCCCAGGACCCACCAAGUGUGGCGGCAGCAGCGGGGAUAGCCGGGGCGUCCCGCGCUUCCGCUGCAGCGCCGAGGAGCUGGACUAUUACCUGUAUGGCCAGCAGCGCAUGGAGAUCAUCCCGCUCAACCAGCACACCAGCGACCCCAACAACCGUUGCGAUAUGUGCGCGGACAACCGCAACGGCGAGUGCCCCAUGCACGGCCCGCUGCACUCGCUGCGCCGGCUCGUGGGCACCAGCAGCGCCGCGGCCGCCGCACCUCCACCCGAGCUGCCUGAGUGGCUUCGGGACCUGCCACGGGAAGUGUGCUUGUGCACCAGCACCGUGCCGGGCCUGGCGUAUGGCAUCUGCGCGGCGCAGAGGAUACAGCAGGGUACCUGGAUUGGGCCCUUCCAGGGCGUGCUCCUGCCCCCGGAGAAGGUGCAGGCGGGCGCGGUGAGGAACACGCAGCAUCUCUGGGAGAUAUAUGAUCAAGAUGGGACACUACAGCACUUUAUUGAUGGUGGGGAACCUAGUAAGUCGAGCUGGAUGAGGUAUAUCCGAUGUGCAAGGCACUGCGGAGAACAGAAUCUAACAGUAGUUCAGUACAGGUCGAAUAUAUUCUACCGAGCCUGUAUAGAUAUCCCCAGGGGCACCGAGCUUCUGGUGUGGUACAAUGACAGCUAUACGUCUUUCUUUGGGAUCCCCUUACAAUGCAUUGCCCAGGAUGAAAACUUAAAUGUCCCUUCAACUGUAAUGGAAGCCAUGUGCCGACAAGACGCCCUGCAGCCCUUCAACAAGAGCAGCAAACUCUCCCCUGCCACCCAGCAGCGCUCCGUCGUUUUCCCACAGACUCCAUGCAGCAGAAACUUCUCCCUCCUGGAUAAGUCCGGGCCCAUUGAAUCAGGAUUUAACCAAAUCAACGUGAAAAACCAGCGAGUCCUGGCCAGCCCGACUUCCACAAGCCAGCUCCACUCGGAGUUCAGUGACUGGCAUCUCUGGAAAUGCGGGCAGUGCUUUAAGACUUUCACCCAGCGGAUCCUCCUCCAGAUGCACGUGUGCACACAGAACCCAGACAGACCCUAUCAAUGUGGCCACUGCUCUCAGUCCUUCUCCCAGCCUUCUGAACUGAGGAACCACGUGGUCACUCACUCCAGUGACCGGCCUUUCAAGUGCGGCUACUGUGGCCGUGCCUUUGCGGGAGCCACCACUCUCAACAACCAUAUCCGAACCCACACUGGAGAAAAGCCCUUCAAGUGCGAGAGGUGUGAGAGGAGCUUCACGCAGGCCACCCAGCUGAGCCGACACCAGCGGAUGCCCAAUGAGUGCAAGCCAAUAACGGAGAGCCCAGAAUCAAUCGAAGUGGAUUAACUGAUUGACUGGUUGGAAUUAAACUGCAAGGAAAGUCAUGAUUAAAUGUCACGGACACUUAAGCAAAACCAAAGAUUUCCUCUGAGCAACUUUCAAUCAGUCCCAGAAAACCAAAAGCAGUAAUAAAAUAAGUAAGAUGUUAAGAGAUAUUGAUCCUGGCGUGGAAGUCAGACCAGGAAAGAGAUUAUUUAUUUAUGACUAGUGAUGAGACUGAUUUCAGUGGACAACUAACCUGGGAUGGCUAACAUUUCCAGUCCCACCAUGUAUUUGCUUUGUUUCUAAAAAGCUUUUUUUAAAAUUGUUAUUUAAUACCAAAGUGAGGAAUCAGAGGGGUUCUUCUGCCCACGGUUGUGACUAAGAAUGCACAGGGACUUGGUUCUCGUUGCACCUUUUUUCAUAGCAUGUUCAAGACCCAGUGUGCAGCCAUUCUUCCUGCUGUUUUGGUUUGGCCUGGCCCGAUACUGGCUGCCCCAGCAGGGACCCUGGAAGCAGAAGCGAGACCCUCGCUAAGGCAGCACCAUCUGCAGCUCCAGUGGCAGCCGUCUCCGUAUUCUCACUUCUCAUGCACUUUCACGUGGCUCCUUCCAUCCAGCAGCCUGGUCCUGAUGCAGGAAAGCCUGGGACAGGAAGAAAAUGGUUUCAGUUUCGAAAUUCAGAGGAGAAAGUGGGGGAAUGACUUUGUCCUGUCAGGAUUUCAAAAACAUUUAAAAUGUUUGGAGCUUCAUAAUACAGUACAUUGUUCCGAAGCAGCUAGUUGAGAAAAUUUUGUUUUCAAAAACAUUUUAGCUUAAAAAAAAAAAAAAGAAAGAAAGAAAAUGGAAAUAAAGUUCUUCGUUCUGAGGCUGAAUAUAAGGUAUUAGGCUUCAAGUAAUUUUUCUUUUGUUCUUUCUUUGCAACUGGUGAAUAUGUGAACAAACAUGGUGCCGUGCUCAUUGUCAACAGCUUCAGUUUAGGCACCUUCGUCUUCCUGCUGGUUCAGGUGAAGCCCAAGAGGCUCCUUUUCUUACUCCAGAGUGCAGCAGGAGUAUUUCUGCAGUGAUGGGUGAAAAUAGGUCAGACAAGGAAACAUUGAGAGGAGGAGCUACCAAGGGGCUUGUGGUUAGACCACAUUGCCCAGGAGCAGCUAAUUUUAGCAAUAGGAAUUACCUUUCCUCUCUCCAGAUACACUCAUCAAAAGGGAAAGAAUUUUCACACAAUUUCACUUUCUUUGAGUUGCCUGGAAAGUGAGUUGAACUUCAGCUAGCCUUUUGGUGUUUCACCAAUGGUGCUCAAUAAAAUUGGAUCACAUUCCAUGAAACAAUGCCAUGUCAGGAAGAAAUGAUGUCUCCUGUAGCUCUUGGUCCAUUAGCUCCCAGCUGCAACUCAGAGGCUGAGUCUACCUCCAUGCCAGUUGAAAAAGAGCUAAAUAGUUUAUUUAGAGUAUUCAAUAACACUUUCUGUUUGUAGAUUUCUUGGUCACCCGUUAGCAAGGCACAGCCUUUUAAGGAACAACUUGUCUUCAAACUCUCUCUUGUCUUCCCUCAAAAAACAAAAAGAAGCUCACUACUGAAAUUCAAGAAUACUGUGUGGUUCAGUUUAAUCUGUCACCAUGUAUUUGGUUCUCUGACAAUCUUUUUGUCUUUUACUUUUGCUUCUCUAUCCCAUAGGAGCCAACUGCCACAUUUAAAAUGUGAUAAAAUAUGGCCUCAUUAACCAUGUUUGUAGUUAGAAUCAU